ACAUCAGAAUCCUAAAAUGAGACAGAGAAAAAUAUGUGCAGACUUGCACAGUGCCAGUCGAUUGACUAAAGGAACACACAAGCUCUUUUGACUCUCUGUGUAGGUAAUAGCUACUUGCUUCUCUGGUUCUCCAGUUUGAGCUUCUCUUCUUUCCUUAGCAGAACUCAUGACUAGCUGGGAAAAUGGUACUGAUUCCAAGAACCUGGAGACUGUCAAACUUCCUCCCUUAGUUGUCUCGUAUAGAGAAGUUGGGACUGAGAAUAACUUCCCAAUGAACCUUGUCUGUCCUUAGAAAGGUGGAUCAAAUGUUAAUAAGGGUUGUCAGUUUAGAAAGGAAAGCCUCUGCCACCAGGAAAAUGAAAAUCAAAAUUGCAUCAAGAUUCCUUCUCACUCCAGUCAAAAUGUCUAGCCUUAAGAACUCAGACAGAAAAUGCUGGCAGCAGUGAAGCAGAGAAGGAACCCUUAGACAUUGCUGGUGGCAAUGCAAACUAGUGCAGCCACUGUAGAACUCAAUGGGAUGUUAUAGAAAGAAAUUAAAAGCACCAGGUGUUUCAUCCAUACUAAGGCCAUAACCAGAGAGUGAAAGCUUACGACAGAGAUGUCCGGAUGCCUGUGAUUCACUACUUCUUUAUAAUAGCCAAGGUAUGAAUCAGAGUAGGCAGCCAUCAGUGGAUGACGGAUGGAAGAAAUGUGUUAUACACACACACACAGCAGAGCAUUGUUUAGUGACAAAGAAGAAUGAAAUUGCAUUACAGGACAAUGUACGGAACCGAAUGGGAUCAUCAGUGGAACAGGCAGGCUCACCUAGAUAAGCAUCACAUAUUUUCUGUCAUGUGAAUGACAGAGUAAAAAAAGAGGUAUUCUAAGAGAUUUAGAAGAGAAAAGAGGGUAAAGUGAGAGGAGAUAAGGAAGGGUUAUAGGGGAGGCAGAUACAGCAUAUCAUUUACUACUAUGGAAAGUCAACAUAUAUCCUAUACAUUAUGACAAUAGCAUAACACAGCCCUUUCGUGGAAUUUAUAAAAGAAUAAAAGGUCUCUGUUCUUUUUCUAGCUUCACCACAGUAGCCACCAGUUUCUGUUUCCAUAAAAGUGAGGUUAAGAGUUCUCUUCAAUGACUUUCUGUCUAGACUAUUUCUUUGUGGGGAAAGUGGGGGAGACAGACGCCACAGAAGUCUUCUAUGUCCCUCAUUCUCAACUAUAAGUCUGCAGUCAUAGAUACCACUGCAGCAGAAGCUUCCUUGACAUUUACAAAAAGUGGCAGCACGGAUCAUGAACUUACACAUGGGUUUCUGGAAAUAGCACAGGUAUCAUAGACAUCCACAUGGCCUCCAGCAUCCAUCAGCAUGGACCACGAACCUCAGCAUGGUGUCUGGCAGCAGUUAAGAUCACAGACGUUACUACAAUCCUUGGCUACAGUCUGGACCCCUGGCACCAUUAUGGUCCUUGACCACAGCACAGGUCAUGGACAUUGGCGUGGCCUCCAGUGGCAACACAGGCCACAGACAUCAGCAUGACUUCAGGCAGCAGCACAGACCUUGGACAUAAAUAUGGCCUCCUGAGGGAGCACAGACCAAGAACACGAAAUGGUCUCCAGCAGCAGAAAAAGACUAUGAAGAAAGGGAUUUGUAUUGCUCUAACACUGCAGGAAAGUCAUUUUCUUUUGUGUUAUACAUUUUAAAAAAGAUAUGAUAUUAAGCUCUAUAAAUCAAACUUCCUGCCUUGUGCUGUUGGUGAUAUUUGAUGGUAAGAAUGGGGAGGAAGAGGAUAUUGCUUACCUAAAUGUCGCUUCCCACUCUGCUGGCCUAUUAUACCUUUGUUUGGCAUACUAAUGGUAAAUGGGGUGAAGAACAAGGUAAUGUUUACAAGAGAGAAGUUCAGAGAGCAAAUGUUAGCCUCAUCUUGCAGAGCCAGUUCCUACAGCCUGAGACCAGUGAACGAGGGAAGGAUUGGAUUUCACUAGAGCUAACAACAAGAAGGUUUUGUAAACGUGCCAAGUGCAAGGUUCACAUUUCCAGCCCCAGCUCAGUUAAUUUUUGCAAGAGGCACAUCAACGUUCACUCACUCUUCAGAUUCCCACUGAGCCUGCUGCCUCGGAAGGGUCUUUCGCCUCCCAGAAGUCCACUUUUACAACUACUUCCCGUGGAGACAGCUUUCUAGGCUAAAGUGUCCUCAUGGCUGUCACACUGCAAGGUGCACAAAUGCUGCAGAUACUGGAGAGAUCAUUGAGGAAGUAUCUUCCUGAAUCUUUAAAGGUUUAUGGGACUGUCUUUCACAUGAACCAUGGAAACCCAUUCAACCUAAAAGCUGUAGUUGACAAGUGGCCUGAUUUUAACACAGUGGUUGUUCGUCCUCAGGAACAGGACAUGGCAGAUGACCAUGAUUUCUACACCAAUACUUACCAAAUCUUCUCUAAAGAUCCCCAGAACUGUCAGGAAUUCCUGGACUCCCCAGAAGUAAUCAACUGGAAACAACAUUUGCAGAUUCAAAGUUCCCAGUCUCGCCUGAAUGAGGCAAUACAAAAUAUUGCAAACAUUCAGUCUUUCCAAGUCAACCGCUCAGAAAACAUCCUCUUUGUAACAGCAGAGACAAUCAAGAAACUGUUCCCUGACCUGCUGGAUCCAAAGAAUUUAUCUCCGGGUAAUGGCAAGCCCAAGGCCAUCAAUCAAGACAUGUUUAAACUUUCAUCCUUGGAUACCACCCAUGCUGCCUUGGUGAAUAAAUUCUGGCUUUUUGGUGGCAAUGAGCGGAGCCAUAGAUUCAUUGAACGCUGUUUAAAGAACUUCCCAAGUUGCUGUGUCCUGGGACCUGAGGGGACCCCUGCAUCCUGGACCCUAAUGGACCAAACUGGAGAGAUGCGAAUGGGAGGCACCAUGCCUGAGUAUCGAGACCAAGGUCUUGUCUCCUUUGUUGUCUAUUCACAAGACCAGAUUAUGAAGAAAUGUGGCUUUCCUGUUUAUUCUCACACAGACAAAAGCAAUAUUGCCAUGCAAAAAAUGAGUUACAAACUGCAACAUCUCCCCAUGCCCAGUGCCUGGAACCAAUGGAAGUGUGUGCCUAUGUGAAGCUAGCCUUGAACAUAAGAUGGUGUUGGGGGGGGGACCUGGGGAUGUAAUUGGAUGGCAAAGAAUAAAGGUGACCAAAAAGAGAGAAUAAAUGGAAACCAGACGCAAAGGAGUGGUGCUGUCUGUACUC